GAUGCGAAAAUAAUUUGGCAGGUUGUUUAAGAAACCAACCGCGCGUGGCCCAGUGGUCACGGGCGGUAUAUAACAAUAAUCAUUUCAUAGUUUGACUGAGCUGGACCUGAGGGGAGCCGAAUAUACGAACUCAUCUGUUCCUUCGGUUUGAAUACCAAGGAUGUUGUAUCUGUCUCUAGUACUGUUGACUCUAUUCACCGGGGGCAGGUCUCAGUAUGCUGCCCCCGGGUAUACGACCGGAUACGGGGGUUACCCCCCGGUGUACGGCAACACGUACGGCUACAGUGGUGGGGGAUAUAGGUAUCCUGCACCAGUAACAUACGGAGGGUAUAACGGUGGUUAUUAUGCCCCAGGGUACGUCUAUCCAGUGUAUCCAGGAUACGGCGGUGGGUACGGCUACGGCUACGGCUACCCAGCCUACGGUGGAAUUGGAGGGUACGGUGCAGGGGGAUACGGUGGAGGCUUAGGGGCGUACGGCGGAGCACAAGCGGGGCAGGGCGCCUACCAGGCAGGGGCAUUAGGACAGGGAAACAGGGGCUACGGAAACGCGCAGGGCUACGGCGGUUUCGGCCAGAACGCUAACAAAGGCUAUCAGGGAUAUGGUCAAAACACUGGCGCGUAUGGUGAACAGAACAAUAACGGUUACACUUCGUAUUCUGCCGUGAGUAAAACGUAUAAUGCCGUGAAUCAGGAGGGGAAAUACGACAACUUUGGAGGCACCGGUCAGUAUGGGGCGGUAGGGAACACGAACGGCUACGGCUCCGCCAACCAGCUCGGCAACUAUCAGCAGGGACAAACCGGGUACAACCAAGGUUACGGACAGGGCUACGGACAGAACUACGGACUAGCGCAAAACCAGUAUGGAGCCUACGGGCUGGGGGCGGGAUAUGGAAAUGGAGCUGGCUACUAUGGCGUUGGCUGAAAACCACAUAGAGCAGGGAGCUGAAGUGAGAAUUCUCAGAGCUUGGGCAGUCAUUAUUAGAAGUCGACCAGCAACUCGCACAGUACAGCAAACACCGACUCCCUACGACUGCGAAACUGACCGCCACAGGAACUCUAGAUGACACACACCUUUCCCCGAGUCUCUUCU